UAUUGAGUGCCUACUAUGUGGCAGGCACUAUGCUAAGCAUUUUUAUUUGAAUUAACUCAUUUAACUUUCACCACCCUAUACAAUAGAUACUGUUAUUCUUUCAACUUUCUAAAUAUGGAAACUGAGGCUCCAAGAGAUGAAGUAACCAGCCUAAAUUCACAGAGCCAGCAAGUGACACAGGCUAGAUUCAAAUCCAGGUCUGACUUUAAAAGUCUACUUCCUUUAUUUAGUUUCUCUGCCAUGCAAGUUUUACUAUCUGACUCCUCUAGGAACUUCUGAGUAAGCCUGCCCCCCAAUGGUCAGAGAAGGUUCACUUUCUAUUAUACCGAGUGCAACAUUUUUCAGCCCAUCUCAGAAAUAGUGCUGUCCCCAACAGACAUUGGAGUAUUGUUCACUAUUCUGUUAACCAGAGCCCUGGAUUCUAUCUUUCUCAAAGUCUCAGACCCUUCAUUUUAUAGACUCCAUAAAGGUUUGCAGAAGCUGCAUCCCCUAGACUGCAGCCCAGGAACUGGUAGCCAAAGCCUCCACGUAAUGAACAAGGAACCUGAGUGCAGUGAGGGACGAUGGACUCGGACCUGGUGAGACAGCUUUCCAUCUCAGGACCAUGCAGAAUCAUGGGGGUCACUCUUGUGAACAAAAGGACACACCCGCAGCUGAAUUUCACAGAAGCCCAGGAGGCCUGUAGGCGCGUAGGACUAACUCUGGCCAGCAAAGAGCAGGUUGAAGCAGCAUGGAAAUCUGGCUUUGAGACCUGCAGCUAUGGAUGGGUUAAAAAUCAGUUCGUGGUCAUCCCUCGGAUUAUCCAGAACCCCAAGUGUGGGAAGAACGGAGUGGGCGUCCUGAUUUGGAGAAGUUCACUCAACCAGCGGCACAGGGCCUAUUGUCACAACUCAUCUGAUACCUGGGUUAACUCAUGCUUUCCAGAAAUUAUCACCACCGAUGAUCCCAUAUUCAACACGGAAACUGCAACAUACACAACAGAAGUGAUUGUCAGUGAGAGUACACACUCAGCGUUGUCUACUGAUGGACCUGAGUCUAUUACACCCACUGUGGCUCCUGCUCUGGCUUCCACCUCUAUUCCACGGAAAAGAAAAUUAAUUUGCAUAACGGAAGCUUUUAUGGAAACGAGCACCAUAUCUACAGAAACUGAAUCGUAUAUUGAAAAUAAAGCGGCAUUCAAGAAUGAACCUGUUGGGUUUGGAGGUGUUCCCACGACCCUGCUGGUGCUUGCACUCCUCUUCUUUGCUGCUGCAGCUGGCCUCGCGGUUUGCUACAUCAAAAGGUAUGUGAAGGCCUUCCCUUUUACAAACAAGAACCAGCAGAAGGAAAUGAUAGAAACUAAAGUAGUGAAGGAGGAGAAGGCCGAUGAUAGCAACCCUAAUGAGGAAUCAAAGAAAAUGGAUAAAAAACCCGAGGAACCCAAGAGUCAACCCAAAACCACAGUGAGAUGCCUGGAAGCUGAAGUUUAGAUGGAAGCUGAAAGAAAUAAGAGGACACACCUGAGGUUGUUUUCCUUCCUGAUACACAUCCUGGUCCCAGAUGGGGAGCCUAUAAAAGGUCCAAAGAACCAAACAAGCAAGUCUACCCUUGGUCCCUAACUAGAGUCAGCUCAGGGCUACCUUUGGACUCUGGAGUUCACCAAAGGGAAUUCCCUUUUCCUUAUUGCAAUCCUUUCUGGAUCCUACCCUCCUACCUCCAAAGCUUCCCACAACCUUUCUAGCCUGGUUAUGUGCUAAUAAUAUCCCAGUGGGAGAAAGGAGCUUGUGCAAAGCACCUGGACCUCAAACAGCUAAUCAGAACCUGUUUGUCAAGAGGCCUUUAGGCUACCUGAGAAUAGGUGAGCUGAGAGCCAAGAAACCAUUGAGAUCAAGGCUUUGUCUAUUGAUUGACUCUACAGCCCAGAUCCUUUCUUCAGCUCUGGAAAGGAAACACUUAUACCAUCUGGCAUGUCCUUCUGAGCCAGGCAAGAGAGAAAGAAGGAAGGAAAAGUUUAGCAGCUGAAGGACAUGGAGAUUCCCGUGACUUGAGACCUAAUCUCUGUAAAACCAAAAUAAAUAGAGAAAAAGGAUAAGACUGAGGAUAUUAGCAGCAUUUGUCAGUAGGGACUGUAAAUACAGACAGGGUCAAAGUGUUCAUCUCUGAAUAAUUCUAGUUGGAAUCACUUUUUAGAACUUAUACACACUUACUUUUCUCUCUCUCUCCUGCUGCUGCUAUUUUCUCUAGAAGAACAUACUUUCUAGGGAAAAGAAAGUAUAUUCUUUUCUCACCCCCCAAAAAAAAAUCUCUGAAAAAUUUCUAUUUUUAUCAAGUUAUAGAAAUUAUUACUGAAUAAAAUUACUGUGUUAAAAAGCAGUAAAAUUUAAUAAACAUUUGCUGAAUGCCUACUAUAUGUCAGGUACUGUGCAAGUUAUUACAUUCUAUAAUUGAAGAUUAUUAAUAAAAAAUUGCAUAUAGUAGAAUGUAUGAAGCUAAUUUUUUUCAGUGUUGAUAUCCCCAGCUUUCCACUUCCAAAACCAAUUUUUUUUUUGGCUGAGACUAAUCUACUCAUUAUUUUCUCGUGACUAUGGCAACAAUUAUAGCCUUAAUUUAUUAUUAACAUACCUAAAAAGUACAUCAUUACCUCUAUACACCAAAGUACAUUUUUUAGAUGUCGUUACCAAAUGUAUCACUAACUCUCCUUUUUCCAGCAAAAGGAGUCUGAGAGGUGCAGAAAUAUUUGUGCUGAAAAAAUAAAAGCAUUUAGAAAAU